AAUACAUCAAAUGUAAUUGCCUCUGAAUUAAGAACGAACGAGAGAGGAAGGAAGUGAAGAAGCAGCUCAGUGGUUUUGGAAUCCGUUGAUCUCGUCUCACACAGAAGCUUCACAUGGUAUUCCUAAAAUUACCUUAAAUUUUAAGACCCCAACCCAAUUUUUUCCCCCCCUCCCAAUAAGAAUUUUCUAGUUCAUUUCAUCCCAAUGAUGAUGAUCACGUUGCUGUCACUCGUGCUGGGUGCUCUGCACACUGCAUGCGAGGUGUUCCACACACAAGUGGGCCAGGAGAUCACCCUCCGGUGCGGCGCCGACGACUUUGUCGACAACCUGUAUUGGCUUUACAAUGAAAUUCCCAUCUUCCGUAUCAGUCGGAAGACAGGCAUUGUUUCUCAAGACAACGGUAACAACAGUAUGAGGUACAGGUUGAAGCAGACCAAUCUAAAGAUCUCCCCGGUGAAGGCUGAAGACCAAGGACGGUUCACAUGCGUGGUGGAUAAUCGGGCCUAUCGGCACAGGUUUAUUGUUGUCACUGUAUCAGUGUUCCCCAGUGGUGACCUGUGGCUGGGCAGAUCAAGCACCCUGACGUGUCAAGUGGAAGGGAUAGUCUCGGCCUGGAGAAGGCCGGGUGGCGCUGAUCGGUGGGACAGGGGAAUUGCUCGACUCGACCCGGUGGAGGAGUCCCAUGCUGGGAAAUGGCAGUGCGUCUUCUACCAGGAUGGCGCCGAGUUCAUGGAGGAAAUAACAAUCGACGUUAAAAGGGUGACAACUGCCUUGCCAACUGAAAAGGAAUUUGGUUUUACUUCGCCUACCCAGAGUUCAUUUGUGCUUCCUCAGCUAGCCUGGUGGAUUGUAGUCCUUGCUGGUAGCCUGGUGGUGUUGCUGCUGCUCAUUUUAGUACUGCUUGUGUCCUGCCAAAUCAGAAGACGAAAGAAAAGAUUCCUGCAGAUGAAGAACGGCAGAAAGCCGCCAAACGCCCGCCGGUACCACCAUUGUCGCGGCCCGACAGCUGCCGCCGCUCCACCGCCAUAAGAGAAGAAGAAGACACCCCGCCCUCGAGAUGGGAUGAAGACAAAUAAAGAAACAAAGGUGGAGAGAAAAAAAGAAUUACUGAUAUGAUGCUGAUGAAUUUUUCUCUACCAGUGACAUGAAAGUAAAUAAGACAAAUCUGGAUUAAUUUAUAUUAAUGCAUUUCUGAAUUGAAGCUGCUUUUGAUGCAUUUUGCGAUUGUCAUUUUUGCGAAUAUCUAUAUACUACUUUUUUGUUUCUCCUGGGAUGUGAGAAUAAAUUCUUUGU